AUGAUCAAAGAAUAUCAACCUAUGAUAAUAUCAUUAAAUGAAUUAGGAUCACAUACAAAUAUGAAAAGCAUUGAGCAAGUAUUGUUAGGUUAUGAAAUUAUUAAAGUAGAAGGUACAAAUAAACAUGGAGGUGCUAUUUUAGCAAUAGAUAAACGCAUCCUACAUGUACGACCAAUAAACCUGCAUAAAUCUAAUAUUGCUACUGAAACUAUUAGUCUCAACGAUUCUACGUAUACGAUUACUUCCAUCUAUUCACCAUCAAAUACACCUUUACCGUUAGAAACUAUGUCAUUGUUACUUAUAUAUUCAAAUUACACUAUUCUUCUAAGUGAUUUUAAUGCGAAACAUAUAGACAGGGGAUGCUCAACAAUCAAUUCAAAAGGUGAUCAAUUAUCAAAAUGGAUUAAUGAUAACAAUCUAACUGUUCAAUAA